AUCCCAGCGCGAUGCUGUCACCAUUGUAGCAAGCGCUACCUUGGACGUAUUAUCCAGUGGGGUAGUUGAGAUCUUUUCGCCUAAAGGGUUGAGUGUGGUAUCGGGUUUUGGUACCGAGACGGCGGUUUGCAAGUCUAGUGUGAUUUAGCGGAACUGAUGCGAAGUUUGGGCAUUUGUUACAGGGGGAGUGGACUUGGGGUGGAAUUUGCAGCGAUUGAGGCGGGGUUGGACGCUGAGAUGAUGAGAUUUCGAGGGUCGGAAUGUUUCGGGAGCGUACCGAGGGGUUGGGUAUAAAUCUCGCUUCUCGUUUGACAUGUGUGGCGUGGAGAGUUAGUAGAUCGAAGGGGUUUGAUUUACGCUUCUGAGUCUGCUGUUUUCUUGGCCUCAUUAGCGAGAAACCAUCCCCGCAUUGUCCUCUUGCGCUCCUAUGUCCAACAAUUGCGAGCGUCGAGCUCCUUCUGAAGUACCGUCCUUGUCAUCUUAUUCCACUAGUCUCUUUUUUCCCAUCUUAUUCCCACUCCUCUGACUGAGUUCUUGAUGAAUCAAGUUUAAGGAGUGUGAUGAUUUUUGGAGUUCAUUCUGGAGCGCGUGUCACCGAGAGUCUGGUAAUAUUCAUUUGGCAGUUUAGAUUCCUCAGUGCAUGGUGUUAUGUUGCUUCAACGUUCUUCUGUUAUUAUUUAUUGUUUAAUUCUUUUUCCCGGAAAGUUUAGUUCUGUAUUCAGCCUGAAGCUUUCGUGUCGUCUCUACGUUCUGUGCUGUUCUUAUGAGCACAAAUCUUUCAUGAUAAUGUCAACGUUGUAACUAAUGAACGUCUGAAAGUUCAUACAACCUGGCUUAGCAAUCUGGGAUCUUCACAAAGUUCCUUUGUAUAUCCCAAUUUUUCCAAAAUGACAUAGUUCAUAUACUCUCAUUGCAGAGAUUUUCCUGCAUGCCCUCGUUUUUUAACCUCGUGUAACUCGUGACUUGUGUACAAAUGUUGGUUCGUAUAUUUGACCUGCGAGAGGAGCAGGAUCAAUACCGAGACAGAAUCGCCUGCAAUUACUGCAACUAAUGCAGGUCUCCGGUCGUAACAACGAAUGUCCGUCUUUUAUGUUAGCGUUCGUUACUUGGAUCCACAAAGUUGUAAGUCUCACUCAGUGUUGUAAAUAUUGUUGGUUCUAAUCACUGAGUGACUGGUUCACUCCUGUCUGACAAUGUCAAAGGGCAAAGCAGCAUCAAAGAAGAUGCAACGCGCAGUUCGUAUGCUUCAAAGCCGCAUCGGUAACAAGAACCUACCGUAUCAAAGUUUAAGCUCCAACGAAUCUGUUUUUCCUAGGAGUGGGACCAGUUUGAUCAAACCAACUUCCUUAUCUCGGUCAAGGCUCUUCGACACAGAGUCGGACGAAGAGAAUCCAGCUUCCCCCCCUUCGGACGUACCGGAGGGCUUUUUGGCCGUCUAUGUUGGGAGCGAGAGGCAGAGAUUUGUCAUCAGUGCUGCCUGCCUCAAGCAUCAAAUGUUCAAGGCGUUGCUAGAGAAAUCGGCUGAGGAAUAUGGGUUUCAGCACAAAGGAGGGUUGCCUUUAGCUUGCGACGUACCCUACUUCGAGAACCUGCUGUGGUCUAUCAAGAGGGAGGAGACUGGGUUUCAAGUGAACUAUUGCUCCUGCUUCUCCGUUUACUCGUAUCCCCAGUAGCAAUUAUCCUCCUAGGGUUUACCCACUAGAAACACAACAAUAGAUCUUACAACUUAUCAGUCACCAUUGUUACAUCAACUUUGGCUUGUACGUGACUGCUUCUGUAUGUGAACAUCAUCUCUGAAAUCCUGAUGAAACCCACUAGAGGUACAUCUUACUGUACGCAUAUUAAACCACCUUACAGAGGAAUUCCUGUUGGCGAAGAGCUCAGGAAGUGGUAAUGAGUGGCAUUGACCAAGCCACGAGCUACGCAAAUUUUUAGCGACGAAGAGGGAGCUAAUGGGUUCGAAAUUUCAAUUGCAAGGAACUCCCAAAAACGGCAACGGAGUAAGCAAAUGAUCUGUCUGUAUGUCGGCUUGCCUUAUCAAUCUGUAUAAUAAAGAACAUGAUCGUGCAAGCUGUGCGUAGAUCCAUGUCCUAUGGACGAAAAUAAAUUCACGACUACGUAGUUUUGCAGGAAGUGCGUGCAAUGAUAUGCAUGUAAUAUCAAUGCUUAUAAACGUGUUUCACUACGUAACUUACAUGAGUAGCUAAGCCACAAGUUGAGUUGGCACAAAGUGCACAAAUUGGCCAGCUGAGGAGGAUAGCUAACUUUUCAAGAAAUGGAAGACCAGCGCAUCCAGUUCAAUAGCCUACCUAAACUUCAUUAUCAAGCAAUUCAUGCAGACUCGGCUUCAGUGAGAGCGACGGAAACCAGGCACGAUUAAACUAUUCCGCCGUAAGGGCCUCCAAAGCUAGAUCUGAUUCCUGAACGAGUAUUGAGCGGUUCCCUCACUGAUCAGAUGCAAAACUCCACCGCCCAACAACAGCAUUUAAGAAUGCAGUAGUUCCGAACCCAGGAGGGCUGCUCCUUCUUGAGUUUCCUGACUUUAUCAACUUCAGAAUCCGCCUCGGAUGUAUUAAAAUAGCUUGAAUAAACCUCGGGACCAAUCUAGCAACGUGGAGGCGAGUCCUAGCGGGAGCGUUCAACCACAAACCCCGAUGCCAAUUGGCAAUGAUUUGGUAAGAGCAACCUGACCUACUGUCACAAGUCAUUUACAGACAAUGAAUCCACAGCGAAGCAGCGAAGCAGCGAAUGUAGCUUCAUUCGCAACGUGGGUAACAGCACUAGAUAAGCUAGAUAUAUGGUAGAAUGAACAGAAGAGUUCGCCGCCUCCAGAAUUUGACAGACGAGCGAGCUGCAACUGGAAUCAGUGCUCAGCCAGCAAUGUGUAGAUUACCACAGUUGGGUGCUACAGGUUGGUUGAAGGAAUGGGGGUCACCUUGGGAUUGAUAACAGCUUGGGGUGGGAUCCCGAAACUAGGAUAAUUGUUGAUAUUUGUGGGUGAAAAUGAAAGCAACUCGUGGGUUUCUGCAACAAGAUUCUUACAGAACAUUCACCCAGGGGAGGAAUGAUAAUGCACAGCGGGGGAAGAAAGAAUGAUUCACUCCCGAAUGUUUCAAAGUGUGAAGACCAGGCAGGUGUCGCAGCACACCUGGCAUUGUCGUUACUAGACACAUGGCCGAAAAGCCACAUUCUUUUAUACACCCGG